AUGGAGAUGGACAUCUACAAUCUUACCACCGUCAAUGAGUUUAUCCUCAUAGGGCUCUCCGAUCUCCCAAAAGUGCGCUAUCCUCUUUUUGUGGUUUUUGCUGUCAUCUAUCAGGUCACCUUGGUGGGAAAUGGUGCUAUUCUCCUCGCCAUUGGGAUUGAGAAAAAGCUGCACACACCCAUGUAUUUCUUCUUGGCAAAUCUGUCCAUCUUAGACAUAUUUUGCCCAACAGCUACUGUUCCCAAGAUGCUUGAGAAUCUCCUGACUGAAAAGCAAAGCAUUUCUUUCCUUGGGUGUGCUUUGCAGCUUUAUUUUUUGGUGGCUCUAGCAGGGACAGAGGUCUUCCUCCUUUCAGUCAUGGCUUAUGACCGGUAUGUGGCCAUCUGUUUCCCUCUUCGUUACACUCUCAUCAUGACUAAGGUACGCUGUGCCGGGCUCAUGGCUGGAAUCUGGGCAGCAGGUUUUCUUAAUUCCCUUCUGCACACGUUGUUCACAUUCCGCCUGUCUUUCUGUAAGUCCCAUAGGGUUAACCAGUAUUAUUGUGACAUACCGCCAGUGGUGGCUCUCUCCUGCUCUUCCACAUAUGUGGCAGAGAUGGUUAUUUUAGUGGCAGGAUGUGUUUUGGGGGUCCCAGCCUUUUUGAACACCUUUAUUUCUUAUAUGUACAUCAUAUCCACCAUCCUAAAAAUCCAGUCAGCUGAAGGGAAGCACAAAGCCUUCUCCACAUGCACUUCACACCUCCUUGUGGUCUGUCUCUUUUAUGGCACAACAAUAUUUACCUACAUCCGCCCGCCCUCCAGUCAGCACUCCCCAGCCAGAGACAGGCUCAUCUCCAUGCUGUAUGGGGUGAUCACUCCAAUGCUAAACCCCAUCAUCUACAGCUUGAGGAACACAGAGGUUAAAGGGGCACUCAGAAAGGUUUUAUGGCAUUAA